GCCUGUGCGACUAUUAUAGAUGAGGCUUAAGAUCUAUAUAGGUUCACGGGCGUAUAAUUUGUUUGCUUGUCCUGAUCUGAUCAAUCCGAUGUUCCGCGACGAAUCGCGAGGUGUGAUUAGAGGUUAGAGCGGGCCCCGGAGUUAGUUGAACUUGUUGUGAACUUGAUAUUCCCGAGGCGAUCGUCGAGUAUCGCGAAACGUACCGCGAUGUAGUCCCGUAUAUUGAGUCCAGAUUAUUCUGUUUCAUUUUCAACUUGCUAACCUGCGUACGAUGGGCAAAUAGCGGCGCGGCAAAAUGUCUCACGUUGAAUCAUGCAAGGUCCGGCAGCAAAAUGAAUUGGAGGUCUUGAAGUCCAUCUUCGGAGAUGAAUUACGCGACCUGAGGAAGAAUAGGAAUAAGAAGAGAUGGCAGCCUCUGGAUAUCGUUGUUACCUUGACACCCCAGAAAGGCAUGUCCGGACCGGCGGAAGUCUAUGCGCAGAUAGACUUGCACGUUAUAUGCUGCGACAAAUAUCCGGACGAGGCACCGACCAUUCAACUGCAAGACAGCAGGGGUUUGUCUCAUCAGCAGGUUGCGGUUCUGUCGUCGGAGCUUGAAAAUUUGGCGCAACAGUUGAAGGGCGAAGUCAUGAUUUUUGAAUUCAGUCAGCAUGUUCAGAAAUACCUGCACGAGCAUAACAAGCCGGGUUUUAGCAGUUUUUACGAGGAAAUGGUGUCGAGACAUCAGGAAAGGAUACAGUACGAGAUGCAGGAGAAGCAAAUGAAGGAGGAUAAAGAAAGACAGGUUCUGCUAGACGCCAUACAGAAACGUCAGGAAGCCCUGAAGGCCGAGAUGCGUAAUCGGAAGGAAACAAUUCGACUCACCACAGAUUCCGAUACCGUCUUUCGAUCCAUACCGUCGUCCCCGCACGAGCGAGGGACGAGCCGUUUCAGACGUCGCUGCGUGAGCACGUCGGAAAGCUCCGAAGGGUCGUUGUGCGAGCACAGAGGUACCAAGCUCAUCCACUUCGACAGUAAUAAAGGCGAGAGACAGGUGCACCGUGGGAAGUGUCUGGGGCACAGCGCGAAGGGCUCCGUAGUGUACGCCGGCGUGGAUGAGACCACCGGCGAGCUGUUGGCCAUCACGGAAUGGACGUUGAAAUGCGCGAUGACGAACGGCGGUUGCUCCACCCAGGAGGCCAUCGACAUCCAUCAUGCCAUGAAACAGAUCGCCAGCCUGGAGCAAGAGCUGAACCACUUGUACAAACUGCAUCAUCCCAAUCUCGUGCAUUAUUUAAAUAUGAAAUAUUUGCAGAACAAUAACAACGUGGUGAUUUUCGUGCUUCAAGAGUUCGUGGUUGGAACCACGUGCUCGUUCUUCCUGAUGGAAAACAUUCCGGUCGACGUCGACAUGCUGAGACAUCUGGCGACGGGCGUCCUCGAGGCGUUGCGGUACCUCCACGAGAAUAACGUGGUGCAUAAAGAUUUACGCGACACCAGCAUUUAUAUAGACACACACGGUGUCGUGAGAUUGUCCGAUUACUCGUUGGACAAAAGACUGUCAGAUAUGUAUCAUUCGAAUUCCUUAGCAAAGACUGAACACGAUUUCCCGACGAUUCAAGGCCGAGGUGGUAAGAAGGCAGACAUAUACAGAUAUGGAAUAUUAUUGCUCUCGUUAUUGAGAGGAGCCAUCACAUCCGGGGAAGAAAUCGAUCUAACAGUAAUUCCACAGCUUCACUUGAGGGACUUCAUUUCAAAAUGUCUCAUCGACGACGAGAGAAUGCGCUGGUCUGCCGAACAAUUGCAGCAGCAUGGUUUCAUAAGAAUACCGCUGGAACGAGGUUUGUCGCCCUCGAUACCGGAUCACGAUGAGAAGGAGAAGAAUUUAGAGCCGGAGGAGCCGGAUAUCGACAUUCACUUGCACUUGCCGUCGAUGGGUAGACAGUCGCGGAUACAGAACGAAUUUGAAGUUCUAAAGUGGCUGGGAAAGGGAGCCUUCGGCGACGUACUGAAAGUGCGGAACAAACUGGACGGCGGUGUCUACGCUAUCAAACGCAUAGAAUUGAAUCCAAAGAAAAAGCAGCUGAACAAGAACAUCACGCGCGAAGUGAAAUUGCUCUCUAGAAUGAAUCACGAGAAUGUGGUGCGUUACUACAAUUCGUGGAUCGAAAGUGCCACCCUCGACUCGGUCAGGCACAGUCAGUUCACGCCGAUCACCACGUCGUCAGAUAGAACAACCACCACGCAGGACAAAGCAGACAUAGUUAAUCAACUGGAAAGUGAUGAGAUAGAAAAAUUUGCUCCGCCGUUACGCGACGUCGAGUGGAAUAUAUCAUAUGAGUCUCGGGCGAAUGUGGCUGAUAGCGACGAUGAGAACAGCGUCUCCUCGACUGAUUCCGAUAGCGCAUUUCUGUCUAAGCUAGAUGCAAUGCGAACUUUAUUGCGUAUCGAGUCUUCCGAUAGCAUCGAAUUCGAAAGAGAUGGUAUAUCACAAAAAUCCGCGGUGACGCCGGACGUUUCGAGCAACGAUGUUAAAGACACUGAAACUUCUAACGAAGACAUAACGGUAAAAGAAAUACAAUUUUUGUACAUACAAAUGGAAUUCUGUGAGAAAAGCACAUUAAGAACUGCCAUAGAUAAUGGUUUGUACGAAGACGACGAACGUUUUUGGAGACUAUUUCGAGAAAUUGUAGAAGGCCUGGCGCAUAUUCAUCAGCAGGGCAUGAUACACAGAGAUUUGAAGCCCGUGAACAUCUUCCUCGACAGUAACGAUCACGUCAAGAUAGGGGAUUUCGGAUUGGCCACGACUAAUAUACUGUCGUUAGUCCAGAUCGAUGCCGAUAAAGAGUCACAAGCAGAGAAAGGUGGAAGUUUUGAUGUCGAAGAAUUGGGAUCUCUUACUGGUCAAGUUGGUACAGCUUUGUAUGUAGCUCCCGAACUUUCCGCAAAAACUGCCAAAGCAAUUUACAAUCAAAAAGUGGAUAUCUACAGCUUGGGAAUUAUCUUCUUCGAAAUGACGUACAAACCGCUGAUCACCGGAAUGGAGCGUGUCAAGGUCCUGUUGAAUUUGCGCUCGAAAGAGAUCAUCUUCCCUCCGGAUAUACCGGAAACAGAUAUGCCGUCUCAAGUUCAUAUUAUACGUUGGCUGCUGAAUCACGAUCCAAGUCAACGUCCUACCGCUCAGGAAUUACUCUCUUCCGCGUUCUUGCCGCCGCCGUUAGAGGAUACGGAAUUGCAAGAAGUGAUGCGCCACACGUUGUCCAACAGUCAAAGUAAAGCGUACAGAUAUUUAGUGGCGUCGUGCUUCACGCAAGACGUUACGCCGGCGGAAGAUAUUACUUAUGACAUGAAUUUACCCGCUAGGGGAACGCCAAGUGUUCUUUCCUCAAAACGGCAGUUCCUGCAGGAGAGAGUGAAGCAAAAAAUCGUCGAGAUAUUUCAGAAGCAUGGCGGAAUAUACCUCGCGACCCCGUUGCUAAUGCCCAAAUCCGUUCAGCAUUCUAAUUUCACCGAGUCCAACGUGAAACUGAUGACCCGCACUGGCAGUAUAGUUUCCAUACCUCACGAUCUUCGCACCCCUUUCGCUCGAUACGUUGUGUGGAAUAAUAUUUCGCAUAUUCGAAGAUACGCUAUCGAACGUGUCUUCAGAGAUAAAAAGGCUCGAGGAUUUCAUCCAAGGGAAUUGUACGAAUGUGCUUUCGACAUCAUUAGUCCUGUAGAUAAUAAUUUGAUGACAGAGGCUGAAUUGAUCUUCAUCAUAUGGGAGAUCUUCAACGAGUUGCCACAGAUACGGGAACAUAAUUUCAUAGUGCGCCUAAAUCACACGUCGCUGUUGGAGGCUGUGCUAAUGCACUGCGGCGUGGAGAAGGACAAAUAUCAGGACAUAUAUUCCAUACUGCAGGACGCCCGCGACGGGAAGCUAACUAAAUUUCAGGUCCAAACGCACUUGAUAAGCUUAUGCCUGACCGAUCAAGCUAUGGAAACGCUGUUCAAUUUGCUCGAAACGGAAAACUCGGUUGCAAAAAUCACGAGUGUCUUGAAGACAAUAACGAGAAGAAAGGGAGACGCUGCUGGUUUAGCUAAAGAGGGCUUGAAAGAUAUAGAAACUGUAAUAUCUAAUGUAGAAAGUUUGGGUGUUAAGUGGCCUAUUACUGUCGUACCUUUAUUAACGUACAACAUACAACAAUACAGUGGUGUGAUAUAUCAAAUAACUUGCGAGCUAAAGUACAGACGGAGACGGGGCGGUCAGGAUGUCAUAGCCGCGGGUGGUCGAUACGACAAAAUGCUGGUGUCGUUCAGAAAGGUUCUGGAGCGCACGGGAAUGGCCAGUAAGGAGACAAAACAAUACGGCGCUGGUAUCAGCAUAUCGCUGGACAAGUUGGUGUCGGCUGGUGCCGAGGAGUGUGAGAAUGGCGAAGGUAAAUGCGGCAUUGACGUGGCUGUAUGCUGCGAAGGAAAUUCCGAAAGCGAGGGAAGAGGGGAGAAGGACAUGAUUAACGUGUUGCGAGAAAUCUGGUCGUUAGGAUUGAAGACCACGACGUUAGAUCUGUGCACUAUGGAGGAAAUAUUGGAGUACUGCCAAGAAAAUUCUAUAAGUCACAUAGUAUUAUUACGAAAUGGCACCUUAAGAGUGCUUACGUGGGAGAGAGAUCGAUUUCAAGAGAAGAAGUGGAACACUAUACAGGACAUCGUUGAGUAUCUGCAACGGCAGUCGGAAACCGCGUUGCCGAUCUUGAACAGGUCCGAGAGUAAAGUAAGCGCGAACGACAUUUCGAUAGCGCCCAGCAAUCCGGUUAAUUUCAACGUCCACAUCGUUCUCUCCGAGCGUGAUAAACUGCCCGGGAGCGGCAAGAGAAGUCUUAAGAAUACCAUACUAACGCAAAUGUCGUCCUAUUUGCAAAGAAUAUCGCACAAAGUUCCUGUGGAAAUCUUCGCAGUCUCCUUGGAAAUGUCCGUUGUAAGAACGAUAUUCAGCUUUCUGGAGAUCGACGAGGAGGAGCAAGCUUUUCAGAAAAGCAUUCAGAUUGUGAUAGACAAACACCCACGGCACAAAAAGUACAUAAAAAAAAUAUGCGAGACAAUGAGGGAAUUACGGAAUGAGAAGUCCAGGCCUGUAGAGAUACUUUACAGUUUGAUAGACAGUAGACAUAUGACUUUAAUAUAGUGAUAUUAUCGAAGCCGAGGAAUAUAUUUUCGUAACAAUUAUGUGAAGUCGACAAUGAUGAGUGAUUGGAAUGUAUGUUUAAUAGAUGAUCAACAUAUGAGACGUAUACUAAAUACCUAAGCAUUUUUUGUACUGCAUUAUAUAUUUUUAAAUAUCAACGUUUAAUAAAAAAAAUGAGAUUGACGCUCCAAAAUGAUUUUGAAUCGAUACAAAACCAAA